AGCAGCACCAGCUAUAGGGUGAAUCUGAGCAACAUUAACAACAACAGCAGCAACAGCAACAACAAUACCAGCAGUCGGCAGGCCAGCAACAACAAUCACAAUGAGAGCAGCACGGGGCUGGUGGUCAACACUGGUGCCACAACAGCAACACCUGCUGCAACUGCAACGGCAACGGCAACGGGAAAUGCAACUGCCACUGCCACAACCAGCAGCAACAACAACCACAUCUAUGUGAAUCCCCACAGCUACGACAGCAGCACCACUGGCAGCGCGAGUGGCUCCACGGCGGUGAUGCUGCCACAGCCACAGCCACAGCCACAGCCUUUGCCACUGCCCUUGCCACUGAGCAAUCCUUUGACCCUGCAACUUCCGCUGCCACCAGGAGGAGGAGACAGAGACAACCAUCUGCUGCAGCAGCAGCAGCUCAAUACGGGAGCCAUCAGUCGAACGGGCACUUCCACCUCGACGACGCUGAGCACCCUGAACACAUAUCUAUUCCCCUGCGGCGCCUCGGACUCGGCGGGCACUCUGGGCGGCGGCAGCUGCGAUCUGGACAGCAACUUCAGCCAGAUGGUCAAUGGAGCCGGCAGCAGCGAGGCGGGCAGCAGCUUCAGCCAGAGCACGGCCCCCGCCGGCCUGGGGAUGGGACUGGGCGUGCAGCUGGGCCUGGGCUUCAUCAGCGGCAGGCGGCGCAUCCGGCGCCUGUUCGGUGUGGCAGAGCCCAACCUGGGGACAAACGGCGGGGGAGCGGGAGCCAAUCCCUACGCGGCGGCAACGCUGCGGCGCCGCAGCUCACAGCUGGGGCAGUUCGGCAAGCGGCGGGAACGGGAGCGGGAGCGAGAGCUGGAGGAGAUCGAGCAGCAGCAGCGCAUUGCCACGGUGGCCUCUGCCAAUGCGGCGUUCCUCGAGCGACGCGAGAUGCAGCUCCAGCAGCAGCAGCAGCAACAUUUGCAACAUUUGCAACAUCAGCAGCAGCAGCAGUAUCUGCCACAGCAGCAGCCGCAGCAGCAGCAGCAGCAGAUUCAGUUCAUGUUCAAUCCCAUGCAUCAGGAGCCGCAGAAGAAGAAAAAGAAAAAACCACCGGGUCCGCCGGCCCAAGCCCGGCAGCAGUCAUCGCGCACCAUGGACGAUCCGAUGAUGAAUCGGCCGCGCAAGGGCACGCCCGCCAAGAAGGACAAGAAGGCCGCCCCGGAGAAUCCCUAUGAGAAGUACCACCAAAUCACAAUCCAAAAUCAAAUCAAAAUCAAAAUCAGAGCAAGCCAAAGCACAAGCAAACCGCUCUUUAGCCACUUAAGCCACUUAGCCUCAAAGCCAACAGCAAAAAGAAAAUUAUGAAAAUUAUACAAAAAUCAAUAGAAGCAGCCGAUGAA